AAAGUCUUCCUUCCGGACGUGAGGCGCGUGGUGACUGGUGGCAGCUGACGAGCCUGGUGCUGGUACUGUAGCAGGUCCUCUGUCCUCAGAAAGUGGACGAAAGAAGAAAGCCGGCGCCGGGCUAGUUUCUGACGUUAUAUCUCUGUGCAGCUUUGCUUGUUUAGAGGUCAGAAAUCGCUUUGUCGUUUUUUUUACGAAUCCUAGGUACCUAAUAUUCGGCCUAUUGCCUAAACACUUGAACAGAUUUCCAUCACUUUCUCAAAAUGGAACCAAGUCUGGUGAAGAUUUCUAAGCAUUGUGAUAACUUGGAGAGCACUGCUGACCUGCUGAGUCAGCGUAUUCAAAGGUUAGUGUCCGAGAAAGCUGGGCUCAUGAAUGGUGCUGUGGCAAGAACCUUGGAUGGAGAUGAUGGAGAUGAUGAACUUCACAGUCUCAGGUCUCAAAACAAGAAACUUAAGUAUCGCAAGAAUAUAUUGCAAAAGAGCAUUGAUGAGUAUUGUUUGUCGGAGGGUGUUGAAGCAGGCAGAAGCAAACAAGCAAAUGACGCAGCACCAUCUGUGGAGGUGUCACUGCAUCAUAUGUGUGCCAUCUUACAGAAUCUGGAGCAAGUCUUCAUCAGAGCUGUCAACCAAGCUUACCCUCAAAUCAGCAAUCCUCCCUCGGUUCAAAUACAGCUCAGCAAAAUGGCUGACUAUCAGUGUAAUGUAGCUAUGGCUUUGGCUAAGAUUUUAAAAGAAAAUCCACGUAUUGUGGCCCAGAAGGUGCUGGAGGCUGUGGGCAAGUCUCCGGUCAUAGGAAGCUUGGAGUUGUCUGGCCCAGGCUUCAUCAACAUAACCUUGUCUCAAUCCUUCAUUAGAGAACAGGUAACCCGCUUGAUCACAGAAGGCGUCACUCCUCCUCCUGUUGAGCCUAUCACCGUAGCUGUAGAUUUCUCCUCCCCCAACAUUGCUAAAGAGAUGCAUGUUGGCCAUCUUAGAUCAACCAUCAUUGGAGAAAGCAUUUGUCGGCUGUUGGAGUUUGUGGGCCACAAGGUGCUGAGGAUCAACCAUCUGGGCGACUGGGGCACGCAGUUCGGCAUGCUUAUUGCACACCUCAAGGACCGCUACCCUGACUACCUGCUCUCGCCGCCACCCAUUGCAGACCUGCAGGGUUUUUACAAGGAAUCCAAGAAGCGCUUCGACGACGACGAGGAGUUCAAGAAAAGAGCCUACGCUGCUGUGGUGCAGCUGCAGGCGCAUGAGCCCGACCACGUCCAGGCCUGGAAACUCAUCUGCGAUAUCUCCAAGGCCGAGUUUGAUAAGGUAUACGCGCGUCUGGAGGUGCGGACGGAGGCGUGCGGGGAGAGCUUCUACCAGAGCAGGAUGGAGGAACUCGUCAAGGACCUCGACUCCCGAGGGCUACUGAGUCUCGAGGACGGCAGGAAGGUGAUGUACGCCGAGAACUGCACUGUUCCGCUGACGGUGGUGAAGAGUGACGGCGGCUUCACGUACGACACGUCGGACAUGGCCUGCAUUAAGUACAGGAUCCAUGAACUCGGCGCUCAGUGGCUCGUCUACGUCACGGACGCCGGCCAGCAGCAGCACUUCAAGAGUUUCUUGGCGUGCGCCCAACGCGCUGGCAUCUACGACCCUUCAGCCGUGCGCGUGGACCACGUCACCUUCGGGGUGGUGCUCGGCGAAGACAGGAAGAAGUUCAAGACCAGAUCAGGCGACACCGUUCGUCUUGUGGAGCUACUGGAAGAGGGAUUGUCUCGCGCUGAGGCCGUCCUCAGAGAAAAAGGUCGCCAUGAGGUGCUCACGCCACACGAGUUCGAGAAGGCGAAGACGGCCGUGGCGUAUGGCUGCAUCAAGUACGCCGACCUAUGCCACGACAGGACGCGCGACUACAUCUUCUCGUUUGACCGCAUGCUCGACUUCAAAGGGAACACGGCCGCCUACCUCCUCUAUGCCCUCACACGCAUCUGCUCCAUCGCUAGGACCGCUGGAGUGAGCCAAGAAGCCCUACUGAAGGCGGCGCGGACGGCGCCCCUUGAGCUGGCGCACGAAAAGGAGUGGAAGCUUGCGCGCGCUCUGCUCAGGCUGCCAGACAUCAUCCUGAGACUGGCGACCGACCUCUACCUCCACCCCCUCUGCGAGUACCUUUAUGAGCUGUCGUCGGUGUUCUCCGAGUUCUACGACAACUGUUACUGCGUGGAGAAGGACGAGUCCGGCACUGUGUUGCAGGUUCACACCAGCCGCCUGCUGCUGUGCGAGGCUACGGCCACCGUCUUCAAGCACAGCUUCGCGCUGCUCGGCAUCAAUACUCUCGAUAAAAUGUAGCGCAGCUCAGCCAAACUCGGUUGUUGUAUUCCAAUAACUUUAUUAAUUGCAAAAAAAAAGCUUCGGUACAUUUUGCCUUCAAUGGAAUUCUCUGUUAAAUGAGUGAUUAUUUGAUUUUAUAAUGAAUAUCAAUGUCCUACGUCGCUUGAGAUGAUAAUCGAGUUUUUGAUUUGUUGCUUCACGAUUGAAUUUUCUUAUUUUCACGUCCUACUCAAGUUAUUGGGCUUGCUGUAUACUUGCGAGUGCUCACGUCGUGUUCAAUGCCACAAAAGAUGAAGAUGUUAUUUCAGAUAUUGAAUCUCUGCAAGUAGCCGUCAAAAAUCUGUGUUCAGUUCGAGAAUAAAUUUGUUGUAAUAGAAUACACAUGUACUUUCCAUCCGAUGACCUUCAAAGCGGUAAGGGACAAAUGCAACCUAUAACGAUUUUCUUUUGUUUCUGAAUCUAAAGUUGAGAUGUCAGCUUCGAAUUUCGAGUAAUGCACGUUGUUUGGUGAUGAAAGAGCCGUUAUAUUAUUGCAUCUUCUGGUCUCUAUUGUUCCAGGUUUUUCUUAUAUAAUCAAUUAGCGGAUUGCUUGCUCAUCGCCUGUCGUAGCAUGGACUACAUUACCAUAAACCUUAUUUCUUUGUUUUUCUAACGUUUUUUACGCGCUUAAAUAGUUCUGCUGCCGAGUUCAGAGCGAAGGCAGCCAUGAUGCGUUACGUUGAAUACACGCUGAGAAAAAU